UGCCCGGGUGAUGGCCGCGGUUGCCUACAGCGUGUGCGCUUCCGUAUGCGGUCCCCCGUCGCGCCGAGGAAGAAGCCAUGGCCAGCGUCCACGAGAGCCUGUAUUUCAACCCCAUGAUGACCAACGGCGUGGUCCACGCCAAUGUGUUCGGCAUCAAGGAUUGGGUCACCCCCUACAAGAUGGCGCUGCUGGUGCUGAUCAGGGAGCUGGGCCGGACUGGGCCGCAUCUCAGCCUGCUCGAAAGGCGGCGUCUCAACCGGCUGCUGCUGCCGCUGUUGCAGGGUCCUGAUAUGACACUGUCUCGUUUGAUUCAAGGUAUUAAUGAAUGCUGCCCUGAAAUAGCAAAUUCUGUUCAAACAAGGAUCAAGCUGAUGGCAGAAGGAGAAUUGAAAGAUAUGGAACAAUUCUUUGAUGAUCUUUCAGACUCAUUCAGUGGAACAGAACCAGAAGUUCACAAAACAAGUGUUGUAGGCUUGUUUCUGCGUCACAUGAUCCUGGCCUAUAAUAAACUCUCCUUCAGCCAAGUGUACAAGCUUUACACAGCUCUCCAGCAGUACUUCCAGAAUGAUGAAAAGAAAAGCAGGGGCGAUGAGAGUGAAAUGGAGCUGACACGUUGUGGGGAACCGGAUGAGGAGAUGGAGAAAGAAGAACUUGAUGGUCCACUCGGGUUAUUAUUCAUUUCCAUGAAAUCUGUAGGCCGCCCCAAUCUGGAGGAAGAGAUCUCCUGCAACGGCCCACUCUCACAGAAGCAAGCAGAAUACUUUCUCUCCCAACAGGCAUCUUUGUUGAAAAAUGAUGAGACCAAAGCACUUUCUCCGGCAUCUUUACAAAAGGAGCUGAACAACUUGUUAAAAUUUAACCCAGAUUUUGCUGAAGCGCAUUAUCUAAGCUACUUAAACAGCCUUCGAGUCCAAGAUGUCUUCAGCUCAACACAUAGCCUCCUUCACUACUUUGACCGCUUGAUUCUCACUGGGGCAGAAAGCAAAAGUAAUGGUGAUGAAGGUUACGGGCGAAGCCUGAGAUAUGCCGCUCUUAACUUGGCUGCGCUGCACUGCCGAUUUGGUCACUACCACCAGGCUGAGCUAGCCUUGCAGGAAGCCAUCCGGAUUGCCCAGGAAUCUAACGAUCAUGUCUGCCUGCAGCACUGUUUGAGCUGGCUGCACAUCUUGGAACAGAAAAGAUCAGAUAGCUGCAUACUCCUAGAACACUCUGUGAAAAAAGCUGUGUAUUUUGGAUUACCAUAUUUAGCUUCCCUGGGGAUCCAGUCCUUGGUUCAGCAAAGAGCUUUGGCGGGGAAGGCAGCCAACAAGCUAAUGGAUGCUCUGAAGGACUCAGACCUCUUACACUGGAAACACAGCUUGUCCGAACUUAUUGAUAUUAGCAUCGCCCAGAAGACGGCCAUUUGGAGGUUGUAUGGGCGCAGCACAAUGGCACUCCAGCAGGCCCAGAUGCUCUUAAGCAUGAACAGCCUAGAGGCCGUGAAUGUGGGCGUUCAGCAGAACAACACCGAGUCCUUUGCCGUGGUGCUGUGCCACUUGGCUGAGUUGCAUGCAGAGCAGGGUUAUUUCACAGCCGCCUCUGAGAUACUGAAGCAUCUUAAAGAGAGAUUUCCCAUCAACAGUCAGCAUGCCCAGCUCUGGAUGUUGUUUGAUCAGAAAAUCCAGUUUGAUCGAGCCAUGAACGAUGGCAGGUAUCACGUUGCCGACUCGCUGGUGUCUGGAAUUACUGCUCUGAACAGCUGCGAGGGGGUUUACAGGAAAACUACUUUGCUUAAAGCACAGAAUCAAAUGUCCAAGGCACACAAACUUCUUGAGAAGCUCUUGAUCCACUGCCGUAAAAUAAAGAAUACGGAGAUGGUGAUCAGCGUACUGCUGUCCACCGCCGAGCUGUACUGGCAGUCUCUGUGCCACACGAUCGCUUUGCCCAUCCUGCUUCAGGCCCUGGCCCUGGCCCGGGAAUACCGUCUCCAGUAUCUGGCUUCGGAAACCAUUCUCAAUUUGGCUUUUGCCCAGCUAAUCCUUGGGAUUCCCGAACAAGCUCUGAGCAUCCUACAUAUGGCCAUAGAGCCCAUCCUGGCACAUGGGGCUGUGUUGGACAAAGGAGCUGCCAUGUUUUUGGUUGCCAAGUGCCAGGUUGCUUCUGCAGCCUCUUAUGCCCCCCCAAAGAAGGCCGAAGCUCUGGAAGCAGCUAUCCUGAACCUGAAUGAAGCAAAAACCUAUUUUGCGAAAGUGGACUGUAAAGAACAACUCCGGGACGUCCUUUAUCUGCAAGCCAGGCUCUUCCACAGCCUGGGUAAGACCCAAGAGAGAAACCAAUGUGCCAUGCUCUUCCGGCAGCUUCAUCAGGAAUUCCCUGCCCGUGGGGUCCCCCUGAUCAGUACUUUUAAAUGAGGCCUCUGAGCAGAGGGAUCCAGUCCUUUGAGAAGGCCACCCGAGCCACUGAAAAGGAAUGAGAUCUGCACAAGAGCCCCUGUUCAGGAGCUCUGCAGUUCCUCCUCUCUUCCUCCUCUCGUUUUCAUGUGUCUCUUACUCUGUGUAACGUUCAGUCUCUGGAAAUACCAAUAAAUUAGUGUGUGGGU